ACUGUGGUGAGGUCCCUCUGGACAGCGAGGCUGUUCCUGGGUGGAUGUGCACAGUGAGAACGAAGUCUCUUAAGGCGUCGGAAGUGGACCCGAGCGCACUGCACCUGGGGAAGAUGCAGGCCUGCGUGGUGCCGGGGCUGGCCCUGUGCCUUCUGCUGGGGCCACUCACAAGGGCCAAGCCAGUGCAGGAGGAAGACCCCUACGCUGAGGCACCAGCAAUGCCCUACUGGCCUUUCUCCGCCUCUGACUUCUGGAACUACAAGCAGUACUUCCAGACCCAGGGCGCCUACCCCCAGGUGGAGGACCUGGCCCGCACCUUCUUUGCACACUUUCCUCUGGGGAGCAUCCUGGGCUUCCAUGUCCCCUACCAGGAGGACUGAGUGGCACUGGC